AUGAGUAAUGAGAAGAUGGCUCGUGAACUGGGUAUAGAAGACCUAUUCUCAACUCUUUCGCAAGCGAGUUUAGAAAGGGUAGCUAGCCAAUAUGGAUUGUGUCCAUUGGAUGGAGUUUUUCUACCUCGUCCUACUCAGCAUAUGAAGGAUCCACCUCCCGAUAAAGUGGGCAUUUAUGUCAAAACUAUGGAGGCAGGCCUUCGCUUCCCAAUCUCCAAGUUUCUUGAGGAUUUAUUCUCUCACUAUUUUAUACACAUAAGCCAACUAAAGCCAAAUUCAAUGUUCAAAAUCGUGGCAUUUGAACUCAUGUGUAAGGCAAAAAAGGUUGGGCCUUGUGUUCCCUUAUUUCGUAUUUUGUACAGGUUAUCUUCUAGUGAAGAUUGA